CACGACCUCUCGUGGCCGUUGUCCUCGAUAGCGGCAGUAACUUCGUCCACAUCUGACACUCUCUCCUCGUUUUGCGUCACUCGUUCGAACUGUCUUAGACAACUGGUUGCUUGUUGGUCAGGACGUCGCGUACAUCCAUCCGCCAUCCUAGCACCAUUCCGCCAUGUCGGGCCCCCAAUACGACCCACUUCCUUUACACUUGGACCACCGCGACGACAUUCCUUACAACGUCCCGCACUCUCCUGGAAUGCCGCCGUCUGGCCUUCACACUCCAGAAGCUGAGCCAUUUGAGCUUCACGGAGAUGAUCUUGGGGCCUUGCGUCCGCGUUUCAUGGGGCAGGCCUUGAACGAUGGAGGCCCCGAACCGCGGGCCUCUUACGCAUCGUCCGGUCACUCUCUACCUCUCUCCAAUGACAAUCAAUCCUCUGUUUACGGCCUUAACCCUACCGGACAAGCAACCCGCGACACUGCGUAUUAUAGCAUGCAGUACCGCGACGACCCGCACGAUGCCGACUUUAACGGCUCUACGCCGAACGUUGGGAUGUACAAGGAUGAGUUGCAAAGUACUCCCUACCUUUCGGAGAAGCGCGAGGCGUAUCUCCCACCGAAAGCACGCUCGAAGCGGAGGAUGUGGGUUCUCGGAGGCGUGGUCGUCGGAGUCGUGGCUAUUGUGGCGAUCGUGGUGGCGGUCUAUUUUACAGUCGUUAAACCGCACAGCAACAAAGACACCGUCUCUGGAGGCGCGUCAAAGGGCGGCAGCAAAGGUUCUAGUUCCAGCACUUCGAGCAGCUCGUCACCACAAAAUACGGGCAAGCCAGCCGUUCAGGCUGCCGUGACCGGAGGUGAUGGUAGCACGGUGACAAUGGAGGACGGCACGACCUUUAUCUACCAGAAUUCUUUCGGUGGAUAUUGGUAUUGGGAUGAGAAUGAUCCCUUCAAUAACGGUGCUCGUGCGCAAUCGUGGAGUCCUGCUCUGAACGAGACAUUCCAGUACGGCGUUGAUAAGAUACGGGGCGUGAACAUUGGCGGUUGGCUCACCACGGAACCUUUCAUUGUUCCUGCUUUGUACGAACCGUAUGUCAACUCGUCGAACCCCGCGGUGGACGAGUGGACGCUCAGCCAGAACAUGGCGGCCGACACGGCAAAUGGAGGUAUGCAACAACUGGUAAAUCACUACGAGACGUUCGUUACUGAGAAGGAUUUCGCCGAGAUCGCCGGCGCUGGCCUGAAUUGGGUUCGAGUUUCCGUGCCAUUCUGGGCCAUCGAAACGCGCAGCGGCGAACCGUUCCUCCCCAAGACUUGCUGGCAGUAUUUCCUGAAAGCCGUCCAGUGGGCGCGCAAGUACGGUCUUCGUAUUAAUCUCGAUUUGCAUGCGCUUCCUGGAUCCCAAAACGGCUGGAACCACUCAGGGAGGCUCGGUAGUAUCAACUUGCUAAAUGGUCCGAUGGGUCUCGCCAAUGCGCAGCGGGCACUCGAUUAUAUUCGUGUUCUCGCCGAGUUCAUCUCUCAACCCGAGUAUAAAGACGUCGUCGCCAUGUUUGGAGUCACCAACGAGCCCCAGGCACCAGUCUUCGGUCAAGAAAACCUUGCUAGAUAUUACAUGCAGGCCUACGAUAUCGUUCGCACAGCUAGCGGCAUAGGCGAAGGCAAUGGUCCGUUUAUCUCCUUUCACGAAGGUUUUAUGGGUCUUUCUGCUUGGGCUGGGUACUACCCCAACUCGGAUAGGACGUCCCUGGACAUUCACCAGUACCUAUGCUUUUCCGGCCAGUCUGCCGCCGGUUACGAUCAACGUGCAACCGAUCCGUGUACCGCUUGGGCGUCGGUGCAGAACGACUCGAUGAGCGCCUAUGGUUUUACCAUUGCUGCAGAGUUUAGUAACGCUCUCAACGACUGUGGUCUUUGGGUCAACGGUGUCAACCUUGGUGCCCGUUACGAGGGCAACUAUCCCGGUGGUCCUUGGCCCGUCAUUGGCAGCUGCGACCCAUGGACCGACUAUUCCCAGUGGAACGAUACCAUGAAGCAGGGCAUUCAGCAGUUCGCCUUAGCGAGUAUGGACGCUCUCCAGAAUUAUUUCUUCUGGACUUGGAAGAUUGGCAACUCUUCUGUCACCGGCAAGGUUGAGUCUCCGGUUUGGUCGUACCAGCUUGGCCUUCAAGAAGGUUGGAUGCCCAAGGAUCCCCGUGCCGCCGUUGGUACUUGUGGUAACACCGAUCCAUGGGUAGGCCCACUGCAGUCUUGGCAGACGGGUGGUGCUGGCGCUGGCCAGAUCCCUGCUACCUUCACCUCAUCGUACGCGUGGCCUCCGACUUCGAUCUCUGGCGGAGGCGCUGCGACGCUUCUGCCUACGUAUACCCAGACCGGCCCCAUACCCACUCUUCCUGUACCCACAUUCACCGAGUCUUCCGGAAGUACAGCCAACGCCGGAAGCGGCUGGGAGAACACCGCAGACAACAGUGGGAUGGCCGUUCCGAUUCCCACUUGCUCGUACCUUGAUCCCUGGGUUGGCAGCGCCGCUCCGCCGUCUCCUCUCUGCAGCAGCGCUGCGAAGCGCGGUAUCCCGGUUCCUCCCCCGAUUAUCACAUCCGCUCCCUAAAAAAAGUCAAAAAAAAAACACGGACUUCACCUCGUUCACGCGGCUCUUGUAGAGUAGAUUCGCGUAUUGCGUACUGAGAGUGCGCUGCGACUUGUAAAGUUUAUAGCCUACCGUAGUACAACACCCUUACAUCUUUGCAUGGACACACUUUCUUCCUUGUAUCAUGAACUUUAUGGACGACUUCAUUACUACCAUACCUCCUAUGGUUUCACUAUGGUACUUGCGGUGCAUUGUACUUGGUAGUUGCUCCCUGAUUUUGACUGUGGGUUAGGCGAUAGCUUCCAUUCGUUUAGUAGUUACUGGCGUGUAACGUCCCAAGAUCGGACGCGACAGAUGGUAUACAAGGUGCCUCAGUGUUCGCCGAGCGUCGUGGCGUAUCUAUCCUCCAAAUCUUCUUGCCCGCCGAAACCUCCUUCGAAGUCUCUGUCCAUGAGCUUGGGGUCCUUCGGCGGGGCCACCGUAGUCGCUCCCUGCUGGUCUGGGUGCUUGAGCUUGUCACGGAUAGCGGCCAGCUGCUCUUGCUC